AUGGCACCCGCGUCUUCUCCCAGUGCAGCGUUUAAUCCUCUCCUUAUCUCCAGCUCGCCCUCCUCUUCGGAGCCUUCUCGUGGGGCCCCGCGUCUGGCGAACAUUCGAGUCCUUGUCGUGGGCGCAGGAGGUAUCGGCUGCGAAGUGUGUAAGGAUCUUCUCUUGGCUGGUUUUAGACGGCUGUGCGUAGUCGACCUGGAUACGAUUGACGUGAGCAAUCUGAACCGGCAGUUCUUCUUCCGGAAUGCACACGUUGGCAUGAGCAAGGCCUCUGUUCUCGCCUCCUCGUGCGCCGCCUUACUUUCUUCACAAGAACGAUGCUUCCUGCUCCGAAAGCGAACUCAAGCGCUUCGGAGGCUGCAGGAAGGCGAUGAGCUAGAAGAGGAAGGGAGUGACGAAGAGAGCUGCGCCGGCGACCUGGAAAGACGGAAUAAAAACGUCGGCGGGCGUUCCCGCCCCUCGGCCUCUGGGCUCGAAAACGGGGCAGACCAUACAGACGGAGGAGACGGAAACGAGGCAGCGACAGGAGAAGACACGGACGGAGUUUGCAUCGAUGGCAGAACCGUGUGGGGCGUUGUGGGACAGAGAAUGAACAUCCUUUCUUCCAGCUUCACAGUGCAUCUGCUGCAGACAUACGACUUCGUUAUCUCGGCGCUGGACAACCAGAAGGCACGCCGGCAUCUGAAUGGCCUCUGCAUUGCUGCGGACGUCCCCCUCAUAGAAGCCGGUAGCACGGGAUAUUCUGGGCAAGUUAUACCGAUUAUGAAAAACGAAACACUGUGUUACGACUGUGAGGCGAAACCGAGGGACCAGCAGCGUUUCCCUAUAUGUACUCUGCGCCAGCGUCCCGAGAGACCUGAACAUUGUAUUGCCUGGGCGAAAAUGAUCUACGAGCUUCUCUUCGGGGUAGAAGAUAACGAAAAUCUGCUCACCGAUUUGAAGGAGCAACUGAGGACGUUUCUGAGCGUCUCUUCGCUCGGGGGCCCAGAAGGAACGGACGGGAAAACUGCCAACGCAGACGGAGGCGAGGCGACGCAGGCCAGCCCGCAGACAAGCGUCGAUCAAGGUGAAGUCGCAGUGCUUAGUCGGAAGAUGAUGAAGGAGCUCUUCCACGAUCAAAUUGCCGAGCUUAUCAAGCUGAGCAAAGAUAACGAAGAAGCAACCAAGAAACACCACGUCCUUCCCGUUCCUCUUGGAGUUGCAGGCCUCACGGACGAGGCCAGCAGCUGCUGCGGGGACGACGAGGCAGAAGAAGCAACAGGCGAGGCGCAGGGCGGGGGACUAGAGAGCCAGCGGGUGUGGAGCAUCCGGCAGUGUCAAGAAGUGUUUGAGCGGAGUUUCGCAGGAUUGCUUGAACGCCAGCGAAAGGCGCAGCGGGAGCCAGAAGCAAAAGGAAGUGAAACGAGCGAAGAAGGGACCCCGUUUGAUAAAGAUGACGAUCUUGCGAUGGAUUUUGUCGCUGCGGCAGCCAACCUGCGCAUGUUCAACUUCCACAUUCCACGAAAGUCGCGCUGGGCUAUCCAGGCCAUCGCAGGCUCCAUCAUUCCCGCAAUUGCGGCGACCAAUGCGGUCGUCGGCUCUCUCCAGGUCGUGCAGCUGCUUCACUUGCUGCAGUUCCUUCACUCAGAGGGCCGCCUACGGCACGCGAAACCGCAUGCGCCGAAUGGGGAGGAGAAAGUCCAGGCUGCAGGCGCGAAGACGUUGAGAGACAACUGCAAAUGCCGCUACGUCUGGGUGAAGCCCUUCGUCACCGGCGUGCGGCCGCAGGUGGCGGGACGUCUCAUUUUGCCGGAAGUGAUGGACCCGCCGAAGAGCACCUGCUUUGUCUGCCAACAGCAAACAGUCACCAUUGAGCUCGCGUCCCUAUCCGCGUGGAGCGUCGAGACUUUUGUGGAGAGAAUCGUGAAGGUGGAACUGGGGCUUGCGCACCCCUACGUUGACUCUGAGUCCAGAAAUCUGUACGAUGCGGACGAUGUCGAGGAGAGAAGGCGAAACAAAGAGGACGAGGGAGAAGCUUCCGCCAUGAAGCAGCCGCUGACGGAGUUCGGUCUUUUUUCAGGAUCUAUGCUGACAGCUACCGACUUCUCCAGAGGCGACUUUCAGUGCAACCUUCUUCUGGUGGAGCGCGACCUUGGGGAGAAGGCGGCAGAAGACCCGCAGGCGUUCCGGCUUGUGCGCGAGGGCGGCGUGUCCGCAGCGGCUGACGCAGUCCCGCAAGCCGAAUCGACGGGUGCGCCGCAGUCCGCUGCAGAAGAGAACGUGCAGCAAGAGCAGACAAAAGGAGUGGCAGACCAGGACGAAGAUGACAUUGCAGAAACGCCGGCAAAACCCGGCAGACGCGGGACGAAAAGGCAUCGAACUGAGGAGGCGCAGGUGGUGGCGGAGUCAGGAGUGGCGAUCGUGGUCCUUGACGAAGACGAAGAGGAGCUGGACGGCGCGGCAGCGAAAAAGCAGAAAGAAAACGCAGCGUCGUCCUCCGUGGAGGCUGAGAUCAUUAUCGAUGACGAUGAUGAGUAG